GAUGUCGUACUUGCUACCGCACUUGCACUCCGGUUGGGCCGUCGAUCAGGCGAUCCUCGCCGAGGAGGAACGUCUCGUCGUCAUCCGAUUCGGCCAUGAUUGGGACGAAACUUGUAUGCAGAUGGACGAAGUGCUUGCUUCAGUUGCCGAAACAAUAAAGAACUUUGCCGUAAUAUAUUUGGUGGACAUCACGGAGGUACCCGACUUCAAUACAAUGUACGAGCUUUACGAUCCGUCUACGGUAAUGUUCUUUUUUAGGAACAAGCACAUCAUGAUCGAUCUUGGUACGGGUAACAACAAUAAGAUUAACUGGGCAAUGAAGGACAAGCAGGAGUUUAUAGACAUAGUUGAAACGGUUUACCGUGGGGCCCGCAAGGGCCGUGGUUUGGUCAUUGCACCCAAGGAUUACUCGACCAAAUACCGUUACUAACGAGAUUCACCGGUCAACGGUGUAUGGUUUUGUGGACUCGAACCAUGUCUUUAAAGAGACAAAAAAGGUUGCGAUUUAUUUGUUGAAUUAACAUCGAAGUAAUAAACCUAGAGGUGAUCAAGAAGGCCUUUUAACCAAGACCUUGAAUCCCGAACCGGUUAAAACAUGGCAUGUU